AUGCCCGUCAAGAAGGAACCGGGCGAAAUGAGCGCCUUUGAGCGCAAGCGACUAGAAAAUAUCGCCGCCAACCGCGCCAUCUUGACCGACAUUUCCGUCACGGCGAAGAAGAUUAUUCCAGAUAAACCGAAACCCGCCAAGUCUGCACCCCCAAAGCGCAAGAGCCGCGGGGACCAAAUAAAACGCGAGCCAAGCCGUCCCACGCGCAUGAGUUCACGCUUGGCCGGUCUCGAGGCAGACAAUGAGACGCUGAAGCGCAAACUAGAAGUCGAGGCCGAGAAUCAGGCCGAGGUUGCCAAAGCCAAGAAGCUGCGUGUUGUUGGCGACUUGAACUUGGGCGACAUUGCGGUCGAGGGCAAGAAAUGGAGCGCGGGACUGGACAGCCUGAAGGGUAUUGUGCGCGGCGCGCAACCUGGCGUGAGGACAUUUACCGAGGACGAUAUCCAAGAAACGACGGACAAGAGUCUAAAGGAUCUGCGACAACGAAUGGGAGGUCUCAAACUAUAUGAACAUUGGCUUCCUAAUGACAUCAAAAUAACCCCUCAACGUGUAUACGCACUCGGAUUCCACCCGACCGAGGACAAGCCCAUAGUCUUUGCAGGCGACAAAGAAGGCAACAUGGGCGUGUUUGACGGCUCACAAACACCCCCCGAAGUUGACGAUGACGAAAAUCCCACCUCCGAUCCGGAAAUAUCAGCCUUCAAAACACACUCCCGAACAAUAACAUCGUUUGUAUUUCCACCCACAGACGGCAACACUGUAUACUCGUCCUCUUACGACUCUUCCAUCCGCAAAAUGGACCUCGAAAAGGGCACAUCUAUCCAGGUCUUCGCCCCCUCAGACAUCGAUACCGACAUGCCCAUCUCGGCACUGGACAUGGCGCACUCGGAGCCAAACAUACUCUACUUUUCAACAUUAGACGGUGGUGUGGGGCGCUACGACGUUCGCGCCCCAGGAAGCGAAGAGAUCUGGACUCUAUCGGAACAAAAAAUCGGUGGCUUCUCACUACAUCCUCUCCAACCACAUCUCAUCGCGACCGCGUCGCUCGAUAGAACCUUGAAGAUAUGGGACACCAGAAAAAUCUCUGGCAAGGGAGACCUCCGCCACCCUGCUUUGCUGGGGGAACACGAGUCGCGGCUUUCUGUGUCUCAUGCGUCGUGGAGCGCGGCAGGCCACAUUGCCACUUCUUCCUACGAUGACACCAUCAAGAUUUACGACUUUACCGAGGCGAGCAGCUGGAAGGCAGGACACGACAUAUCCGCCAACACAAUGGAGCCGAAACACAAGAUUCGCCAUAACAACCAGACGGGCCGGUGGGUUACGAUACUCAAGCCGCAGUGGCAGCGACGCCCGCACGACGGCAUACAAAAGUUGGUCAUGGCGAAUAUGAACCGCUUCGUGGACGUGUUCGCCUCGGAUGGAAGCCAGUUGGCGCAGCUUGAUGGCGAGGGGAUCACGGCCGUGCCGGCAGUGGCGCAUUUUCAUCCGACUCUGGACUGGGUUGCUGGGGGCAAUGGGAGUGGGAAGUUGUGCUUGUGGCAGUGA